CAUACUUUUAUUUUGUGUUAGCCUUCACAUUCAUACUUGUUCUGUUUUAUACUCGGUUUUGUAGCUCCUAAAACUAUUACACCUUCAAGCCUUCAAUAUAUGUAAAUUAAUUCGCAUGCUACCAAAAUUUGUGACCACCCUUUUCUUCAUUCAUUCCUCUGCAGCCUGCUUCGUCUCAGAGCAGGAAGGGUGGUAGUUGAAUCCCAAUUUUAAAGAAAUUCAAGGAUUUGUAUAAUUUUAGAUGGGAAAGCACUUUCCAGCUUACCGGAAUAAUGAUCAAUCAGAGGGUAUUUUUCCGAGCUGCAUGUGGGGGAUAUUCUAUGCUCUUGACUACCAUCAAUGGCAUAAUAAUGUAAGGAAAAUGCUUCCUCACAGAAGGCACAAUAAGCGGAAAAAUGUCAAAUGCAAUAAAAAUCCCAAGACAAUAUCCAGUGUCAAUGGCGCUGCGCAGAAACUCAUGGACGCUAAAGCAAGUCAUUUUCUUGUAAAUCCGGCUACCACCAAGAUUAGCUCAACAUACAAAAGGUCUCUGAAAGCUCGCAUUAAAGCACUAGUCGCUGAAAAGAUUCGCAAGGCAGAUGACAACAAGAAAAGGGGUCCAAACUUUCCUGCACUUCCGCAGCUGGAGAGAACUCUUUCAGUUAAGCAUGUUGAAUCACCAAAGAAUAGCUUCGGUAAAGCAAGUAAUGAAUGGAAAAGUCCCAUCAUUUUCUUUCCUAGGAAGACUGCACCUGGUGCCACCAAAUUGCAGCAUCCAGCAAGGAUGACGGCCAGUGACUGGAAGAAGUUUAAUAUGUGCACUAAAGAAAAUUUGAUGGACUACAUUGAGCACCAAAAGCUUUCUCAAAAUUACACUUUUACCACAACAAGGGAAACAUCCGCGGAUCAAGCACGUGCUAACCUCCUUAUGCAAAAUGCUUCCCGACGUCAUCUUAAAAAAUAUGUAGAUGUUUUGGAACUAUUUCAGGUUAAUGAAGAUCUAUUUCAAGAGUUUCAACAACAGAGAGAUGUUGGUAAAAAAGAUCGCCUUCACAUGCCUAAUGAUUCUACUGCAAAAGCUAGAUUAACGAAGUCAGGGACAUUCCCUGUGGCUAAUGUUUCAUACAUGCGCAGAAGAAACUUUAAGCCUACUACACUUAAAGACAAGCAAACCGAACAUUGGUCCUUCCCAGGAGGAGUGAAGUUGGGCAAUGGUCAUCAAGACCCUGAGGUGGAUAGUAAAGUGGUUGCCCAUUCGAAAGACGAGAGGCAAAGAUUAGACCCUCAGAACAGGGUGGAUAAACAUGAGCUUAGUUGCACCUCCAAUUCAUUAAUUGAUCAGGUUACAGAUGGGAAUGAGCCUUUAAGAACUGGGAAACAGAGGUCCAGAAUUUACGAUACGGUUAUAGUGGAUGAUGAUACCAAGGACUUGAUCAAGAGUGAUUUAACAAUUGACGGUUCUGGUUAUAAUCGUAGAAACAGUAAUUCAGGUCACAGAAGGACAUCCUCUUUAAAUGAUUCAAUGCACAGAUAUGUUCGUUUGUGUGAUUAUAGCUUCCACAUAAAGAGCAAAUCGGAUUUACCUAAGAGCGUCACAUGGACAAAUGAAUAUGACCUCUUAGCAACUAGAAGUACUCCAAUAUCCUUUAGAAGAAAUCACUCUUUACCUCAUUGUACUAUAAGUUGGCCCCUUCAAGAUGAGGAGUUUCGUGAAAUAUUAAAUCCAAGUGUGCCAAGUAUGACUGCCAUGGUUGUCACAACAGCUACGGAAGAUGAUGGUUUGAGUGAAUCAAAGCUAGUGGGGCUCCCAGGGAAAGAAUAUCCAGAGAAUUUCCCACUGUCAGAUGCAAUGGAAGAAAAUUUGCAUGGUGAAACAAUUGUAGAAAACAGUAAAUCUAGUCCAGAAGUGGAAAUUUUGGAUAGCUUAACAAUGGGCGUGGGUGAUUGUGGUUCUGCUAAAGUGGACAGACAUCACGAGGAAUCAGAUGAACUAACUGAUGAAAAAAGCAGUUCCAACGAUGAUCUUCAAGUCAGCUGCUUAAAGAUUGACGACAAGAAGGUAGCAGAAACAAGUCAAGCUGUUUUAAUUAGAGGAAGGUGUUUGCAACAGGAAUCCUUAACCCCUGCAAAUUCAGCAUUCGAAGGUUGUGAAAGUGCAUACAAUUAUUCUCAUGAGAGAGAAUCUCCACUUCACUCGUUCAACAGCUUGGAUGCAGAUUAUGUUCCACAAUCAUGCAGUAGUAAAAUGUACACUGGAAAAGAUCUUAAAAGUUUUAGAACAAAGAAUCACAUCCAUAGCAGGUUACAUUCAGAUGAUGAUGCUGAUUUAAGUUACGCCAGAGAAAUUCUCAAGGUGGCAGGCUUUAACGAGAAUGGCUUCCACGGGGAAUGGUACUCAUCUGAGCAACCAUUAAGCCCUUUGAUAUUCAAUGAGGUAGAAGAAUCUUGGUGGCCCCAUGAAUCAGAAUGUUCACAAGCGAACCUCAUCCUCCUGUAUCACCACCAACUUCUGUUUGAUUUAAUAAAUGAAGUAAUUCUUCAAAUAUAUGAGACAUCAUUCACAUACUACCCAAGGGCAUUAUCAACAAGUUGCCAAGUCCAUCCACUACACAGUACAUCCCAUGACGACGAGGUGUUGAAGAGUCUUACCAAGUGGAUUGUUCUCAAACCAGAACUGGACCAACAACUAGAUGAUCCAGUGCCACGAGAUUUAGCAAAAGCUGAUGGUUGGAUGAAUCUUCAGAUGUACUCUGAGUGUGUGGUGCUGGAGUUGGAGGAUUUCAUUUUCGAUGAACUCCUAGAAGAGCUAAUAUAUGCUUGAUUAUGUCUAUGAGGCUAGCUGGAUUAAGGGCAAUAUCAUGCUGAUAUUAACUUGAAUCAGUUCUGUACAUGGAAUUGUGUUUUUUAAAGGCAAGCAGGGUUGUUAAAGAGGGUGCCUACUAUGUGAGGAUUCGAGACCUAAAGGAGAUGGAGCUUUUCACUAGGAUUCGAGUUCACCAUAUAGUACUGUAAGUGUUUGUAAUUUUCUUAGACUACAGCUAUUGCUGUACAGAGCAUGUUAAACUGUAAUGAAGAUGUAGAUAUGAAAGUGAAUCACAUUUUUGAAUGGUA